CAACCUCCAACUUGGCCAUCAGGUGUGUACGUGUGGCCGGAGAGCGAGCUCCAUAACUCCGGUAAAAUGGUAAAUCUAGCUAGUAGCCGGGUGCGCCGCUGUUAUAUAGCAAGCGAGAGUGACGGACAAAGGAGCGAGGAGAUAAACAAAAGAAACUAAACCCUACGAGCGAGGCAGGGCCGCAGGGGAUGGGCCGAACGAGGGACGGCAUGGGCGGCGGUGCAGCGGUCGCCAUGGCUGCGUCCUCUACUGCCUUGUCAUCUCCUCCUGCGUCGGUCGGCGGCCGUCGUCGCCGCUCGCCGCCGCCGCUUCUUCCCUGGGUCGCGGUGCUGAUGCUCAUCGUCGCAACAAGCAGCAGCCUCUUCUGGUGUGUGGCGGCGGGCCGGAAUGUGAUCACGCACAUCAAGGGGUUCGAAGGCCCACUGCCCUUCCACCUCGAGACAGGGUACGUUGAGGUGGACGAGGAGCACGGCGCGCGGCUCUUCUACUACUUCAUCGCGUCGGAGAGGAACCCGGCGGAGGACCCGCUCAUCCUCUGGAUCACCGGCGGCCCCGGAUGCUCAGCGCUAUCCGGCCUCCUCUUCGAGAUCGGCCCUCUCAAGUUCGAUGUGGCGGGGUACACUGAAGGGUUCCCGCGCCUGGUCUACUUCGAAGAUUCAUGGACCAAGGUGAGCAACGUCAUCUUCCUGGACGCGCCGGUGGGCACGGGCUUCUCCUACUCGCGGGAGGAGGCCGGCCUCAACGUCAGCCUCACGGGGUCCGGCCGCCAGCACCACACCUUCCUCCGCAAGUGGCUGGCCGAGCACCCGGAGUUCGCCUCCAACCCGCUCUACAUCGGCGGCGACUCCUACUCCGGCUACACCGUGCCCGUCACCGCGAUGGACAUCGCCACCCACCACGACGAGGACCCCAAGCUGAACCUGGUGGGCUACCUCGUCGGCAACGCUGGAACCGACGACCGGUACGACACGGGGGGCAAGGUGCCGUUCAUGCACGGCAUGGGGCUCAUCUCCGACGAGCUCUACGAGGCCGCCAGGACCGGGUGCGGCGGCGACUUCUACCGGACGCCGGACCCCGCGAACGCACGCUGCGCCAGCGCGAUGAUGGCCAUCAGCAUGGUGACCUUCGCCGUGAACCCCGUGCACAUCCUGGAGCCCUUCUGCGGCGCAGCGGUGCGCGCCCCCAGCAUCUUCCAGGGCUACGGCGGCGCCGGCGGGCGGCGGUCGAUGCUGGUGCGGGACGACGUCGGCCACCCGGGCUUCUUCGCUGAGAGGAGGCUGAACCUCCCCGUGGAGUGCAGGGACAACGGGUACCGGCUGUCCUACAUCUGGGCCGACGACCCGGAGGUGAGGGAGACGCUGGGCAUCCACGAGGGGUCCAUCGGGGCCUGGAGCCGCUGCACGAUGCUGACGCACUUCAGGCACGACCUCACCACCGUCAUCCCCUACCAUGUCAACCUCACCAAGGCAGGAUACAGGGCGCUCGUCUACAACGGCGACCAUGACAUGGACAUGACCUUCGUGGGCACCCAGGAGUGGAUCAGAUCGAUCGGCUACCCCAUCGUCAGCGACUGGAGGCCGUGGUUCGCCAACCGACAGGUCGCAGGGUUCACAAAGACUUACGCCCACAACCUCACUUUCGCCACUGUUAAGGGAGGAGGGCACACAGCUCCGGAGUACAGGCCCAAGGAGUGCCAGGCCAUGUUGGAUCGAUGGACCUCAGCAGCAGGACAGCUCUGAUGAACUUGGGGCCGGGGUCCUGGAAAUCAACACAGUAUAUAGUGUAGCAGACGUCCUUCCAUCUUGUUGUCAAAGAUCGAUGUAAUAAGAUUAAAACAGGCUUAAAUUCAUUGGGAGAGGCGCAGCCAUAGGAUCGGAUCGGGGCAGCUUAUAUUUAACUCGAGAGAGGGCGAGCUUAUUAGCUAACUAUACUACUUGGAACCUUCUUAACCAAGAUACUAUUCUCCAAAUACUUGGCACACUUUACGUGUCUCAAUGUAUGCAUUUUUUUUUUGUCCUCAA